GGGGAGGCAGGGGUGUGCGGCCGUCAGUUAGCAGGGCCCGAAGCCGAGUGGCCACUUAUCUAACGUUUUAGUUUGUUUAGGUAGCCUGCGAAUGUCCAGUUGACGAGGAUGGAUUUCGACGCGUUGUUUAACGAGAAGGCGUUUCAGCUGUCCGACUUCCAGGAAUUCACGUUUCUACCCGGACAUCAGAGGCUGUCUGAACGCGUGAGAAAGCGGCUGUAUUAUGGCCUGGACCCGGACGUGUCUCUGGAUGCCCUCUCAUGCCCUGUUACAGAUAUUGCCGUGGAAAUCCUCCAGAAAUCUGCCCCCAGCCCCAUACGAAAGUUACAAAAGAAAUACGCUGCCCAUGUUGCCAGGGAGGCAUGCAUUUCACCAUGUGCCAUGAUGCUGGCUCUAGUUUACAUUGAAAGGCUCCGACACCGAAACCCUGAAUACCUGCAAAAGAUCUCUUCCUCUGACCUCUUCCUGAUCUCCAUGAUGGUUGCCAGCAAGUACCUGUAUGAUGAAGGCGAGGAUGAGGAGGUGUUCAACGAUGAGUGGGGUGCAGCUGGGAAGCUGGAUGUCCAAACUGUCAAUACCCUGGAGAUGAAUUUCCUUAAUGCUAUUGAAUGGAGCCUCUUCACAGAGCCCAGUGACUUCUUUGCCAUACUAAGUCAAUUAGAAACCAGCAUUGCGGAGAGACAAGGAAUGAAACGUGGAUGGUUUACUUACACUGACAUUUGUGUGCUGCUGGAGCAGGCAGCAUGGAGGCAAAUCCUCACAGCCAUUUACCAGCACUUUACAAAGGUCUCCUGUAUGCUAGGCCUGGUUUAUCUCACCAGUGUGGCUGGCCUCAUUGCCACCAGCGCCGUGCUACACCAACUUAGUCUUCCCAGGAGCAGCCAACCCCUGGUGCCAGCUCCAGCUGAAGUCAGCCCACUCCACCCUCACUCCUCCAGUCAACGCCCUGAGCCAACUGCUCCAGUCCAGCACCUCCCCUGCGGCAUCCUUGGCAACACGAGUCUGCACCAAUACACUGGUUCCCUCAGAACCAACAAGGACCAUCAGCACAAUCCCUCCCAGACAUCGGUUCUGUGUCUCUGGGGCUCCCUCCUGGCCUCACUGGGUCACAUACAUCCAGAACCGGACACUGAGACUUCCCAGACCUGGUCUGCCACUUCCUUGUUCUGUCCUGGCUGUCUGGCAUCCCUUCCUCCGCUUCAGUGUGGGCCCAGGAACACCUCUUCUAAAGCACUCUUAAGUCAUGGGCCCCUGAACAAUCACCAGCACCACGCACCUUGGCUGGCCCCCAGCCUAAUCGAGGGAUCCACACCAGGUCUGAACUCUCGAAUGGGGGGUGUGCCCCCUUUACGGCUGUGGCCCUGUCAUCCAGAAUUAAUGCUGCCCCUAGACAAAGCCCAGGCUCUGCUCAUGCCAGGGUAGAAACCAACAAAACUCCCUUUGUCUUUGCUCUUAUAACUCAUUAACCAUAUGCACAGUGAUAGCUUUUUGGAUCCCCUUCCACACUCAGCACAUAUAUGAAAAAAUAAGAUUAAAGAAAUCGUUUUUGGACAACAGUUUACUGCAGAGCUGAAAUGAAAGCCAGAACACGGCACACUCAAGAUCAGAAAUUAAGUUGUUGGUCAAAAUGUCAGAGGACUGCACAAGAUUUAGUGCAUCUCAACUGAUUGCCAUACGUGGGAUGCCAUAUUUUCAAGGCUCAGCGUUUUCGGUUUUUACCGAUUUUUACCGAAAAAUACCCAGAUUUUUUAAAAGGAGCAGAUUGGUUUAAACUGAUUUUCACCCGGAUUCUAUGUUUCCACAGAUCCAAAAGUUGUUCGUGUGAGGUUAUGUAAUAGUGUCCUCUUGUGGUGAAAUAUGCUGGAUGGCUUUGAAAAAUAAAAACCGUAAACGCUGAGCCUUGCAUAUUUUAAAAUGCUCUGCUGCUUUGUGUCAAGCUUCAGAUUUUACUCCCAGAAUUCAGUUCACAGGGAACUCAGACUAAAAUAAUAUGGGAAUUGAUAUUUUUUUGGUUUGGUGAACGAAAAGUUUGGCUUUUUUUUUUUUUGCCUGCACCUUGGUUUGUUUUGCUACCCGCAUUUACUUUGUUGGAAAGUUCAGGCUCCUCAGAUUUAGUGAGCUGUUGCCAUGUUUGGAUCUGAGUUUGAUAUGCAGGGAUGCCCAACUCCAGGCCUCGAGGGCCGCAGUGUCUGCGGGUAUUUGUUCCAACCAUGCACUACACCACCUGAUUUAACUAAUUAGCUAACCUCUUGGACCAAGGAGGGAAAGGAAUUGGUUAAAUCAGGUGGUGUAGUGCAUGGCUGCAACAGAUACCUGCAGGCACUGCAGCCCUCGAGGCCUGGAGUUGGGCACCCCAGAUAUACAGAAAGCUUCUUAGCGCUGGACAAGUUAAAGAAAGUGUUUGAGGAUUCACCAGCAUGUUUGGAAGGUGGAUUGAAAUUUUAGGGAGCCGACAAGUUUUAAUUGGUUGACCAAAACUUUUUUUUUCGAUUAAUCACGUGUUGAUUGUGCUUACUUACACUCGGAAGUAUCUCGUUAGUAACUUUGUAAGCAGCACCCAUCCUGGCACUGACUUAGCACCACUCACAUUUUGUUACUAAUAGAAAAACAAUAUAAACAUUGUCUAGAUUUUCUUUCUGUGACUUAUAGUUAAAACUGCAGUCAAGGGAAAUGGACAAGGAAAGGAGCUUUUAGGGUAUACUGAGUACACUCAGUGCCACUGUGUUGUUACAGACAGAAACACCUGCUCCUCGUGGUCUUUUGACAUUUAAAAGCUCGCCUUUUUGCUCCAUUUCUAUUUAUUACCAGCGGCAAAUGUUGUGGCUCUUGUGUUUUUAUCAGUUUGGUUUGGAGAGAUUAUAUUUUUGCAGCAGAAUGCCACAUACCCUAGCCCGGACAGAUUAAACCUACACUUAAAUAUAUCAAAUUUAAGAGAUUUUGAAGAGCCCAUUUUCUCUCUCUCUC